CUAAGAGUUGAACUUUGAGCCAUCAGUCUUGUCAGUAACUGUGUGAGUAAUGUAAACGUGUAUCUUGAUUUACGCUAUACAUUAUUGGAUGGGAGAUGGCAGGGCUAUUAUGGAUACUCUUUGUUUUUUGUCCAUUCGUUCUGUCUGAAAGUGGCGAUGAUGAUCUGCCUGAUGGAGAGAUUGUGACCUGUUCAUCCAGUUUGACUUUGAGCCAGAACAAUCUAACCUGUUCGCUGAGUAACGAACAUAUUCGGGACGUCACAUCAGCAAGUCUUUGCAUGUCGAAAGAAGAAAUAACAUGUACAAAUGCAACUCUAGGACCACAAUUCAUCACUUUUCAGAACUUGACCAUUUUAGUGCCAUAUGAGCUCAUAGUAAACAUAGGGGAGGAGACCAUUAAAAAAAACAUCAACCUGUGUAAACUUGUUAAAAUUCAAGCACCUGAAAUCAAGAAUGCAGUUUAUAGUGACGACACAGAGGAAGGUGUCAUAUCAAUUAUGCACAAUCAUGCCUUUGUUACAAACCCUAUGUUCGAAGUGGAAAUUUUGGGUGGGAAACGUGCAAACAAGUCCAUUACUACUGAAAAUCGUUAUUUGGCUAUUAGCAGGGACAGACUUGAUGGAGAUGGGGUUUACUCGAUCCGUGUUAGAGCAAAACCUGUAGGAUAUUUUGACGGUGACUGGACUGACUGGAGCUUGAGGGCCAAUUUCACCAUAAAAACAAGAAAUCUUGAACCUCCAAAGGUUUCUUACAUCAUUAUCACCAUCUUUGUCAUUCUGGUGUUCAUCAUUGGUUUCGCAGUCUUACGCUGGAGAACACAAAUAAAAGGUUACAUCACCCCAAACAUCCCACACCCAAAGGCAACCCUCGCACAAAUGCACAGAGCAAAGGAGGGCCUUCCUUUCACUUUCAGUCCUGAGAUAUUCGGUGAUGUCUUCAUACACCGUGUGGAUUACAUAGAUGAAAAGCCAUCUGCAGCAGAAGAUGAGCACCACUACAGUCAAGCGAGUUCUGCAAAUUCUCUGCCUACAUCAGAGUGUGAAAUGAACACAAAAGAAGAUGAAUGGCUUCCAAAAGAGCAGUCCCACUUGAAAAUAAGAUUGUUAGAUGAAUCAGAUUUUUCCAAGGAAAGAGAAAGUGGUUGCUCUCGGGCUCUAACAGCCCCACAACAACAAUGUAAGGAUGAAGCCUAUGUUACUAUGUCGAGCCUCUUCAAAACACAAUGAGGAGGUGAAGAUGGUUUAGUUAUGCUGCUUACAUGAUCCAGGUAUAAUCAAGAUUGUAUUUGAUGUUGAGAAUUCAGCAACUUAAGGAGCCUGCAAUAUAUGUUUGAGACGGCCCUCCUGAUCAUUUUGUUGUGUAAUGAUGAGUGUAAAUAAUGAAAGUAUAUACUGUAGCACUCAUUCUUGCCAAAGAUAUUUGUUCUUUAGACAGAUUUCAAUUGCAAUCAAGCAUCAUGUACAUUCCUUAUUUUGUUUUUUAUUCUGAAUGUUUCAGAAAAAACAUAUGAAUUAAGGGUGAAUCAGACCAGCCUUUCAAGGAACUUUGCACAGUCCACAGUGUUGAGGACAAAUACAAGAACUCAAUGCCAGUUUCUAUCACACCACUAAACCUAGUGUAGAUAGCUAAAUACAAUGGUCAGACAUGGCCCACAAUAUGCUGAGAUAAAUUCACACUUCUGAAGUCACAUCUACUAACAGAUCUCAAAUAACUGCUGCUAGUCUCAGUGUUUUCAGCCAGGCUUUUACCCAUGAACGGUUUCAUCUAUAGGCUUAAAUGGACCUGAGCAAAGCUGAGGGAUUUCAUGUUCUUCAUACUGUAUUCGGUUAACCUUGGCAGAAUGUUAAAAACAAAAACUGAUACAUACAAUUCCAGUGGCACUUUUUCUGUGAUUGCACUGUAUAUACACAAAGGAAAUGCUCUCAAUGUCAUUUUGUCAUGCAUUUAACUAUAUAUAGCAUCUGAAUACU